ACGCAGAGAAAGUUUACAUGCGGUUGGUGAAUCCACCGUCCAUAGGAUCCACGUGGAAGCAACCUGAGCCUCUUAGUCUAACCGUUAAGAUGGGGUUAAAGGGGGUCAGAUCAUCUCCGUCAGAAUCCAGUGGCUGCUUUCCUCCCAUCAUCACCACCGCGCCGUCGCCGCCACCUAUUGCCUUCACACACUGGAAUGGCAGUAGCUUCGGCUUCUGUCGCUUCUUCUACGGCUGCUGCCAUUCUCUACUGCGUCUCUCCUUCCCCGGUUUAUUCUGGGACCAACAGAAGCCCUUUGGAGAAGCGGCCCUCUUCUCUUUCGUGGUCAUCGUCGAUCCCACUCGUGCCGAUCUCCUCUCAGCAGCUCCGCAAGCCACCCAGUUCAAUCACACCCAGUCGGCAGGUUGGUGUGGUUCAAGCAGCUUGGACUCGUAGAUCGAGAGAUGAAGCUGCGAAGAGACCCAAUAAAAAGUCAUGGAAGCAAAAAACAGAUAUGUAUAUGCGGCCUUUCUUGCUAAAUGUUUUCUUCUCUAAGAGAUUCAUUCAUGCAAAAGUGAUGCACAGGGGAACAAGUAAAGUUAUCUCUGUUGCAAGCACGAAUGCAAAGGAUCUCAGGAAUACUUUGCCAUCCCUGACCGACAAUGAUGCUUGUCGGACCAUUGGACAACUGAUUGCUGAAAGAUCGAAGGAUGCAGACGUAUUUGCACUAUCUUAUGAACCCAAGAAAAAUGAGAGAAUUGAAGGCAAGCUUGCGAUUGUACUCGACACCAUAAAGGAGAAUGGAAUCAUUUUUGUUUGAACGACUUUUAACUACCACAAUUCUGGCCAAGUGUGGAAGCAUAUGGACUAACUGUAUGUUAAUAUAUCUUGUGUAUCAGGCACCGCCUUUCCUUGUUUAGUGGAAUAUUUAUGAAUAUGAUCAGCAACCUGUUAAUACAA